AUGAUGAAUCCUGGCAUUCAGCCUCGCCGCCCCUUAAACUGCCAAGCGAGCACUUCAUGGGCAAAAUCUCCCGAGGCUGACAACCUCCAUCUGACCUCACAUGAAGAAGUUAUGGUGCCCAACCAGGCGCCUCCACCAUCUGCGACGACAACACAACCCUUCCCACCUCUGACACGAAGUACCACACUCCCAGCCCUCAUUUCCCAUCCAAUUGCGACAGAUCGCACGCUGCUCGCGCCUGAAGAUGCCAUCUAUCAGGGUUCACCACCACGCAAGCAGUCCGCUGCUGUGAACAAGUUGAAGGACCUGCGCAUGACCAAUGGAAGUACUGGAGAUCUGCGGCCUUUGAGACGGGGGAGGCAUGGCGAUAGUAGGAGUGCUAGUAGGAGAAAGAAGGGCACUUGGAAGAAGUUGCUCUGGGUGAAGCAAUCGUACCCAGAUAAUUAUACCGAUCAAGAUACCUUCCUCGAACAUCUGCAGCGGAAUCCGCGACUCCAACCAUAUGAUUUCUGGCCACUGGUGGCAGAUUCGACAGUGAUUGUCCAACAUGUCUGCUCGGUUAUAAUAUUCAUCGUCUGUUUCGUUGGAAUAUACACCGAGCGCGUCUCUCCAGGUUCAGUAGUAGGAUGGGGAUCGACUGGCACAUUUCUGGGAUGGCUAUUGUGGGAUUGGUGGGUAGGACAGGAAGAGUCGCAGCCAUCUCCGCCCAUCUUCACGCACGGGGCAUCAGCAUCAAGCUCUCUAUCCAACCUCAAUCCAGCAUCUAUGUCUACAUCCAAUCUCCAUAGUACUUCGAAUCUAGCCAGACACUCACACUCCGCAUCGGCCUCUUCGAUCCAAUCUGUGGCCUCAGCACCACAAAUACCCACCCCGCGCUACGUUCCAAAUUACCCCUCUCCAGGUUCAUCGCCUCCUCUCUCACCACGAACCUCCCUCCGUCUCUCAACAGCCAAAUCCGCCCUCCUAAUCUACUUCACACUCCUCGGCCUCUCUCCAAUCCUCAAAUCCCUCACCAUGUCCACAUCCGAGGAUUCAAUCUGGGCUAUGUCCUUCCUACUUUUCACAAUCAAUAUAUUCUUCUUCGAUUACAGCACACCAGCCGAGACAUCCAUUGGUUCUGGCGUGAAGAAUAUUCCCGCUAGUCUGAGCACCAACGCCGCACUGAUGGCUUCUACAGUCCUUGCCUCACGCCUAGAAGGCACAGGGGAGGUAUUCUCCCUCACACUUUUCUCCAUCGAAGUCUUCGGACUCUUCCCCGUUUUCCGUCGCUACGCAAAGCAGCGAUCCUGGCGCGGCCAUAUGGCCCUCACAAUUCUCCUCGUUGUUGGCGCAGGCGGUGGAGUGGGCCUGAUUCUUGGUCGUGGCGGCGAUGGAGAGGGGUUUUGGGAUUUCCCUUGGAAGAGCGGGCUGAUGGGUGUGUUUAUUGGGGUUUUUGCGACGGGGUUGGCGAUGGGGGGGUGUUCGUGGUGGCUUAUUGGGUUGCAGAAGUAUAAGAAUGAGAUUCAUGGGCCGUGGGAUCCGGCGAGGCCGAUUAUUAGGAGGCAUUAUGAUUAUUAG